AUGGAGAACUAUGUAACUUACUUCAUGUCAUCUGAUGUCUUGGAAUACUUUAUGUACGGACUCCGCCUCCUGCAGUCGCCGAAGGCAGAGCACACCGGCGGCGCUCCUUCUGCAGUCGCCGAAGCAGAGCACACCGGCGGCGCUCCUUCUGCAAUCGGAGAAGCCGCCGACGAGAUACUGCAGGUUCACGAUGGACACGGACGCGAGCGAACCGAGGGAGGCCACGAAGAUUCCGGUUCGGUCAAAACGCAGAAGGCUGUGGUUCCGCUGCGGCCACAGCAGAUACUAAAACCCAUUCGACCACUUGAUCUCUGCGAUGCUUUGGAUAACUAUGACUGCGCAGACUACGGUCCAUAUGAUGACUAUGAAGAUUACGAUCAAUAUGAUGACUACGAAGAUUACGAUCAAUAUGAUGACUACGAAGAUUACGAUCAAUAUGAUGACUACGAAGAUUACGAUCAAUAUGAUGACUACGAAGAUUACGAUCAAUAUGAUGACUACGAAGAUUACGAUCAAUAUGAUGACUACGAAGAUUACGAUCAAUAUGAUUGCGAAGAUUACGGUCAAUAUUAA